AUGAGAUUCAUAACCUGGCUGCUCGCUGCCCAUCCGGAUCCACAGGCAAACUCAACAGCGGCUUUAACUACUGUCAGUCACACUCAACGAGGCAAGCUCCUGGAGAUUAAGCUUCCGCAUUUCUCUGGCAACUACACAGAAUGGGUGAGUUUCCGAGAUCUUUUCUCAAUUAUUAUGGAAGACGAGAGGCUCACCGAUUUGGAGCGCCUGUACUACCUGCGAGCGUUGCUCUCGGGCCAGCCAGCCAAGCUCAUCGAGGGACUUCCUCUUACUGCUGAAUCCUUCAAACUUGCUUGGGAUGCUCUGCUCGAGAGAUAUGAAAAUAAGCUGUUUGUGCUCGCACAGCUGCUGCAGGCCAAGAGUCGCAUUCCACCGUUGCGUGUGCUGGAUGCCUUGUUCGUGGAUGAGCUGCUCCGAGCAUUGGAUCGACCCACCAAAAAGGCGUGGGAAACAUCGCCACCUGCAAGAGCCGACUUCCCGACGUUCGAAGCCUUGGAGGAGUUUUUGAUCGAGCGGGCCCAAGCCUUGGAGAUGGUUGAUGCUCAGUCAACCAAGAGACAAGAUAACUCAUCCACAUCUAGUAAUACUCAUCCCAGAGUCAACAUCAAGUCAAACUCAACAAGGAUCACAUCAUCCAACCAAAAAUCUAGUCAUUCAUCUAUCUUGUUGCCAACAGCAGUAGCCCAGGUACGUGCUCCAGCUGCACAUUAUCAUCUUAGGCUUCUGAUCGAUCAAGGUUCAGAAUUAUCAUAUAUUUCGGAAGAUGCUGUGAAGCGUCUGCAGCUGACGCGCACGAAGUCCAACAUCUGUAUCCUGGGCAUUGGAGGCAACGUAGUCAGUAAAGCACUUGGUAAAGUAGAAAUCAGAUUGUUUUCAUUAUAUUCUGACUCCAGCGUCGAUGUGGUGCUCCACGUCUUGCCUAGAGUAACAGCUCCACUACCAUCUUUUCAAUGUAAGACAAGAUCGUGGCUGCAUAUGGAGUUUCUGGAGUUAGCUGACCCCCAUUUCUAUCUGCCACAAGACAUAGACUUACUACUUGGCACUGACUUCUAUUCAGCUAUAAUCACCUCAGAUCUGCUUAGAGGUUCUUUAUCAGAACCUAUCGCUCAACGUACACUGUUUGGUUGGAUUUUCUCGGGUUGCGUUAACCAGCCUGUUACAAAGAUUAAUCGUCACACUCACCAUUUUGUUUCAAAAAUAGAAGAUAAACUCCAGGAAUUACUCAUAAACUUCUGGAUUCAAGAAGAGGUCCCUUCAAAGUCAAGCUCGCAGCUUACACCAGAGGAACAGAAGUGUGAGGUAAACUUCGUGCGAACUCACUCUCGGGAUAGCACCGGAAGAUGCGUGGUGAAACUUCCUCUAAAGCAAUCUCCAUUUCUGCUGGGCAACUCAGUCAACCAUGCUCGUAAAUGCUUCGAUCGCACAUUGGCCAGGCUCAAAACAGACGACAAGUACGACAAGCUCUAUACAGACUUCAUGAAUGAAUAUUUGAGUCUUGGCCAUAUGCGGCCGGUGCCUGCAGAUGAGCUCAACAUCAAGCCUCAUUUUUAUCUGCCUUAUCACGGUGUAUUGAAGGAAGAUGGAGACAACGCCAAACUCAGGGUGGUUUUCAAUGGAUCAGCCCUUACUUUCUCUGGACAUUCACUCAACAGCAUAACUCACACGGGACCUAAUCUACUGCCCAACAUAACAGAUAUACUGUUCUGGUUACGCACAUUCAAAUGGACUUUCUCUGCGGACAUCUCCAAGAUGUAUCGUCAGAUCAAGGUUCAUCCAGACGAUUGGGAUCUUCAGCGAAUCAUCUGGCAUAGCAAAACUCACGAGGAAGCUCACUUCCAGCUCACCACAGUGACCUACGGGACGAGGCCUGCUCCAUUUCUGGCUACACGCUCACUGCUGCAGCUGGUGAAGGAUGGAGGGCACCGUUACCCCCAGGCUGCCCGGAUUCUCACCAGCGGCAGAUAUGUGGACGACAUUUUUGGUGGAGCUGAGACUCCAAAUGAGUUGAACGAGCAGGCCCUCCAACUCAAGGAGCUGUGCAUGGCGGGCGGAUUUCACCUGGCUAAGUGGCACUCAAACUCGCCAGGAUUCAGUUACUCAAACUCCAGUGAAGAAUCAGCACUCUCUCUCGAUGACUGCGAUGCUAAAGUACUUGGAAUGGUUUGGAAACCACUUUCAGAAAAUCUCACCUUUCAGUGCACACUCAAACCUCUCAGUCAAACUCCAACGAAGAGAACAAUUCUUUCGGAAAUAUCUCAAAUCUUCGAUCCUCUUGGAAUAGUUGCUCCAGUGAUUAUUGCAGCCAAACUCAUCAUUCAGGAAUUGUGGCUACUCAAAAUUACAUGGGAUACGCCUAUACCAGAUGCUCUCGCUCAGAGGUGGCUACACAUACGAGAUGAUCUAGCCAAACUCUCCGGAGUGACGGUUCCUAGAUGGCUUGGAGCACAUCCUCCUUCUGCAGUGGAACUCCAUGGCUUUGCUGAUGCGUCUCAGGAUGCUAUGGGUGCUGUGAUUUAUCUGGUGAUAAAGUCAGACUCAGCCACGUCAAGCUCAUUCGUCUGCUCCAAGACGAAAGUAUCACCACUGAAGAGGAUAUCAAUACCAAGAUUGGAGUUGACAGCAGCUCUCAUCCUGGCUAAACUCACUAAGCUCUGGUGGCAUGGACCAGAGUGGAUGAUACAACCCCAGGAUGGUUGGCCUCUGCAGCCGAGUGACGUCGAGGUGGAGGAUGAGACAGAGGCGCGUCAGGUGUCAGCAUUGGUGUCAUCAGUCUCGGACUCGGAGUUCCUACUCAGGCUCACUCAGUCCAGCUCCACAUUGCACAAACUCUAUCGUAUCACAGCCACCCUCUUACUUGCUUGUGCCAAGUUCAAAGCCUUACUCACACACCAGGAAUCAUCCGUAGCUGUCACUGCAGAACUCAUCACUCAAGCUAAGCUCUUACUUAUCAGAUUAACUCAACAGGAAUGUUUCAAGGAGGAAAUCAAGAUGCUCAAAUCAGGUUAUCUCCCAAAGGGCCGUGUUUUCCACCGGUUGAUGGCAUAUACUGAUGAUGCUGGCAAACUGCGUGUGGAAGACAGACUUGUGAAUGCCAAGCUCAGACCUGAUGCAAAACAUCCUGCCCUACUUCCUCGUCAAGCUCAAUUCACCAGUUUGGUUAUUGAUCAGGCUCAUCGGCAAACUCUACACGGAGAACUCAGCUCACUCUUAGCAAAACUCAUCAAGAGUUUUGGAUAA